UUGCUAGAAAUUCAAACGAACUACUGAUGUUGCUCCGAAAUUAUUAUCAGGGUUUUUUUCACGAAUUUUACCAGUWAUCUUAUUUUCUUGCCAAUUGUAGUUGGUUUUCUUCAUUUAUGAAUUCGACUAACUUAAAUAACUCAGUUUGGUUAKAUUAAACAAUUUUGUGGGAUUACUCGGAUUCCCAGCAUGGCAAGAGAGUUUGGCGGCCAUCUUGGAAUACGUCAUAUACCACAUUCAUCAYAACUCUAACCGUGGACAUUGUGGGUUYCAAAAAAUCGAAUUUUCCGAUUAAUAAAAGAGCACCUAGCUUAMCCAACGGAUAGACAGUGUUUAUAUCRAUGGUUUACCAGACUUUUUCAAAYCAAACAARAACUAAUUGGCRUGCMAUUGUGAAGAAAAAUUAUCCGACCUCAUGUGGCGUGCCACGUUGAGAAAAACACUGCUCUCGGGAUUUGAAAAGACGUACUUGAAUUGCAAUUAGAAAAUGGGAUGGCUCUUGAAAUACCAAAUACACAAUGAAUGCAAAUAUCCGGYAUUUCUUAAUAAAACUCGCAGAAGUUGGCGCAGUAAAMUAUUUUGAUCAUUGAAUUUAUUGUGCUAAACAAUUCAUUUUCUCAAAACAGGUGUGUGAUGUCAACACUUAUAAAAAGGGGAAAAAAGCAAUUGCUUAAAGACAUUAGGAGUCGGGUUUUGUUGAUGUUUUUUGAAGAUAUUCAAAUUUUCAAAGUUAUAUAUUUUAAGUAAAGCUGGUACUGAUUAUGAUUUUAUUCGGACAGUGAAAAGUAGCUUACUUUUAACUAAAACUGUCAUUGAACAUUGUAUUAACCUGAAUUUGUUUUAUUGCAGACAUCAUUUAUUAGAAAUUGUAAACUAGAUGUACCAUUUUUUACCAUUUGUAAAUAUUCCACUCCUAAAUAAAGCAAUGUUUUGGAUUCCUUUCGCAGCGAGAAGACACAUUCUAAAUCUUAAAACUAUAAAACAAGGCACUCCCUACAGAGUUGUUUGACAUUUUUAGCGAAUGAAAUCAAGGAUUAGAAUGGGAUACCUUAUGUUGAAAUUAUACAAAUUGUGUGCGGUGAAAAUUACUAAUUGGGAUUACCAUUUAGAAAGAGUCGAGACUUGGAUAAAAACGCAUCCCGACCAAAACAUCAAAACUAUUUUCGAGUUAAAUUAUGUUUUUAACUUAGUUAAAUAUUCCAAGUAAGUUGAUUUGUUGAUAAGGGGAGAUUGUUUUACGAUAAAGGUCGCGAAAGGUGGAUGUGAAAUGUGAAAAUAACGGGCGAACCAUGGUAACUGAUGUACUUUUGCCAAUGUUGCUUGAUUCAUUACAACGACGCAAGGUGGCAAUUCAAUUAAGAUGAAGCGAAGUCAAAUGCUGGAUGGCCAAGUUUAAAAUUAAAAGAAUUCUACAGUGCAUAAAGGGUAAAACUGGACUUUAUUUGAAAAAUAGUUCUAUUUUUGUAUAAACUAUUAGAAAAACAACCGUUUUUCUCAAUUACAUGAAGAGCAAGUUUUCAGUCAACAUGGCGUCACACUAAACACUUCUUCGUCAAGCGUACAGCACGUUACUUGUCUUUGAAAAAAGCUUAGUAAUGAAGACAUUCAACAUAAUAUAUUGCGUGAUUUUUAUCUAUUGUUGCUUGGACUUUGCGGUUUUUAGGAUAAUAGGCCUGACUACCACGAACUUAAAAACUAUUAACAUUGGUAUUAUACAAAGAAGCGGUUUCCAAAAUUCUUGGACGAACGCUACUAUGCUAGAAAAAGCCCUCGAGCAACUCAAUUCUGACAGUGACGCAAACAAUUCAAUCAAUUUUAAUUUUGAGUAUAUCUACGAGGCAAAUUUAUCAAGUAUUAAAGGGUGUUUUGAUUUGCUUUGCGGGAUAUUUGCCCCUCGCCAGCUACAAGCAUUGGUGACAACGUUUGACGACCACGAGACAAAGAUGUUGACUCAGUGUGCUGGUUUGGCUGGAAUUUCUGUCAUUGGUACUUCAAGAAGCAUUUCGUUUCAAAACAAGAAAAAGUAUCCCAAUUACAACAACCUGUUCCCGUUCCUCUCGGAAGAGAUGCUGCUCUUGCACAGCAUUGUGGACUCGAUUGGGUCGAACCAUUUUGCUCUUCUAAGUGGAGAUGACGAGGACAGUGUUAGUGUCAUCUCGAGUCUUAUCUCGACAAUGAAGACACAUAAAUCCACAGAUCACUCUCAACAGUUUAUUCUAUUUAAUUUAACAAAAACGCAAGGAGUUGUUAGUAAAACGCAAAUUUUGCACAUUCUUGAAAGCAUCAAAAGUCUUUCUAUCAAAGUAAUAGUAUUGGUUUGCGAUGGAAAAGAUACCGAAAAAAUCCUCCAGGCGUCACUCGAUACUGGUCUUCUUGGCCGGGAUUAUCUGUGGAUUGGUACUGAGAGAGUUGUACGAUAUAUGGAGCAAGUGACAGAUCGCUGGUUGCCUGAAAAUAUAAUUGGAAUGCAAUUACGUGUAAUACCGGAACAAACCGGUAAGUAAACUGGUAAAACAAGUUUUUGAAGGGAGUGAACUUACCAGCGGGACGAGCGGUCU